GGAGAGAGGAACUACAUGCGGCUCUCCUCUCCCCCCAAAAAACCCCAGACGCGAGCUUUAUAUAUAAGUGUUGCAUGUCACCCCCACCCCCUCCUUCCCCCCGUUCUCCGUCUUCGUCUCGUAUACGAAAAGGCGCUGCUUUUCCCGGCGGUGAAUCCGCGCCGGCGCUACCUCAUCCACAACACGGUGCAGGAGCACUUCCCCCAGCUCACUACUCUGAGCGUCGGCCAGGGGGACCAGAGGCGCACCGCCGUCACCUUCAGGAAGAACUGCAAGAGAGAGACCGACGACGGCGGCGUCGCCGACGCUAAACCUCCUUCCUCCUCCUCCUCCUCCCCCUCCUCCUCAGGUAGCAACAGUAACAACAGAUCGUCGACGACGACGACGACGACAUCAUGCCCCAAGGGCGACGCCACCAAGCUAGAAGAGCGUAGCAUCAGCAGCCACCCGCUUUCCCCUCCUCCUCCUCCUAGCGGUCACAACCAGUCUCAGGGCCAGUCUCAGGGGCAUCAGCAGCAUUCGAAGCUACAACAACAACAACAGUCCAACAGCAGCAGCAGCAAUACCUCCUUCACAACAACCGCCGCCCAACAGCAUCAUCAGCAGCCACUGCCGAAGAAGCAGGAGGAGAAGGGCCCAGCAGGAGCAGCAGCAGACAGACCCGUCAGAGAAGGCAGGAGGCCCGAGCAGCUGCUCUACUCGCCACAGAGACAGGGCUCCCUGCAGAAAAUAGACGUCGUCAGGAGAGAGGCUCUUCAGAAUAGCAGCAAUACCAGGCAGCAGCAGCAGCAGCUGCAGAAGCAGAGGAGUCAAGACCAGCAGCAGCAGCAGCAGCAGCAACAGAAGCAGCAGCAGAGACAGCACCAGCACCAGCAGCAGCCUCACUCUCCAGCAGCUGUGACAAGCGGCACCAACAGACCUCAGGAGAGCAGAGCCGACAGGCUUGAAUCGGCCGAACUCGUGAGGCAACAGCAGCUGAAGCAACAGCAGCAGCAGCAGCAACAACAACAGCAACAGCAGAAGAGGCAGAGGAAGCACCGAAGCCGCAGCUGCAAUUCCGACACCCGGAGCAGCAGCAGCGUCGCGGAAGGUUCCGGGACACCGGGCGACCGGCUACUCGCCGUCGUCGCACAGCAGGAGGAUGACCUCAUGAGGGACAGCGGCGCCGAGGACUCGCAGCAUUGCAACAGCAGCAGCAGCAGCAGCAGCAGGAAAAGGAGGAACAGGAGGAACCGCCGACCAGAAGGCGGGGGAAGUGUGACCACCGAGAGGUUCCCCCCCUCCGCCAUCAAAGGCGCCGUCGUUGGCGAACCAGUGCACAAUAAUAUCCCCCAGAAUACCCCAAAUAGUGUCCCCAACAAAAGUGUCAGUGGCAGUCAUCAGCAGCAGUGUCUCGAUGCCUUAAGGGGAGACGACCUCCAAAAGAGUGUAGUAGUAGGAUCCAAUAGUCACGUUUCAGGAGACGCGGACAGUGAUCACAGACGAGGCAGUGCCGUCGUUCAGGGAUCGAGUGAAGUCGCUCCUAACAGUGCCAGUGUCAGUAGUGCCACGGGGCAGCAUCAGCAGCAGCACCCGGCCGCCAAUAACAGGAGGAAGUACAUGAAGUCUUACGAAGAGGAGGACGACUGGAGGGACGUCUGUGGCACCAACACCAGACGGGGCAGUGCAAGAUCACCAGCAUCCAGCAGAAGAGAGAGCGAGUCGUCUUCUCCGUGUGAGACAUUUGCCAAAAACAGCCCAGAAAGGAUGCCGGUCACAGUCCCAUCAACCUCUGAGCACGGAAACAAUCGUCGUCGUGCUAAGGCACCUGCUCAGAUAUACAGACCCCCACCAGCUAGAAGUAAUAGAGAAGCAGCCCAACAGACCCAACAACAGAUGCAACCUCAUCAGCCUUUAUUCUCACAGCCAUACCAGCCCAAACCAAACUUCUCACAGUCUCCAUAUCACCCUCAGAAUCAACACAGCCCUAAUUAUCAUACACAGAGUGUUUAUUCCUCACAGCACAACCAACAUCAACAAGACUUCCAUCAUUACAAUUCCUUCCCCAACAGACAAAGAACAGAUAGUGAAAGCAGCACUGCCACAACCUCAGGUGAUUACCAGAACAACAAAGGGAAGGGCCGUCGACCAGACCAAGUGCUCUAUGUCCCUCGUGGGAGACGUCAUGUCCCUGACCCAGCAUCUGCAAGGGGAACUCCUACGCCUGUGUUGGAUUAUGAGAGCAAUGGCAGACCCCCUUCUCCUGCUUAUUCCAUUUGUUCUGUAGCAUCAGAGUACAGUGGAAGGAAUCGUUAUAAUAAACAGGGAAGUCGCCAGGGCAGUCAGAUUUCCAUAUAUGAGGGGGAAACAGACAGACUCCAUGGUAAACCACCUUUGUCUAGAGAUUUUAGCAGAGAAUCUACUCCUGGCUAUGGCCGACAGAAGAGUGGCGCAUUAUUCAGUUCUCAAACUCUGCAGCUAAUUGAAAGAUGUUUGAAUCAGGAUGCAGAGCACAGAUAUAAUGAAUAUUCUAAUGGUGAAUCAGAUGUUCAUGGUUCCCCAUCACCUAAAAACAAGCUUGGCAGUGGAAGGCCCAUGAAAAGCCCCACUCCCACAAGAGAUAUUCACAGCAUACACAGCAAAGAAAAUGUCAUACAUCCCGUUGACCCAAGUCCACGUUCAAGGAGGAGUCGAAAGAAUCGCAGAAGAAACUCCCGAAGCAGAGAUGCAAGCACUGAGCAGUACAAAGAUGGUCAAGUAAAGGGGAGUGCCAAUCACAAUGGAGAACACAGUAGUCCAGGAGAAAGAGGCAUGGGUAGUUGUGAGAGAAUAUUUUACAAUAGUAAUUUCAAUUCUAGUCAAGAGAGGUAUGACAGAGGAUACGACAAUUAUGAUAGAUACAGUAGUAUAAACAGUAGCAGAGCCAGCAGUCGGAAUUCCAGUAGAGAGCGUACUCCCCAAUAUAGCCCCCAGCACAACUGGAGGGUGGGUUCAAAUCCCCCAAGCCCAACAAAAGGCCCAGUUGUAUUUUAUCAAAGCAGACACUCGUCUGGAAAGCCACCUUCUGGUAGGCUAGGGUCACUGCCGAAUGUUGCUCUUGAUUUUGGAGAGAGCCCCAAAAGAAUUUCAAACUACAAUGAGGAAAAUCAGAGGUAUCACACAUUACCCAUCAAAAGUAAAACUCCUGUAAGAAGUAACUCACUACAAACAGAUGAUAAAAACAGAAUUGAAUGCACCAGCGGCUGUAUCACAUCUGAACGGAUAAAUACAAACGCUGGUGAACCUAGGAUUGAUCUCACAUACCAAAAUGACAAGUCGGUUGAAAGUCUCAAGGAGGAAAUGACGAAAAACCUCAUAAAUACAUCAAGUAAUUCUGCUCAUAAUGAGUCCUGGAAGAGUGAGGUAGGUCACAAUAAAGAAAAUGAAUAUACUGGAAAGGAAAUUGUGGAAAAAAUGGAUGAUUUCGCAACGGAAUCCAUCAUUUCCAAAGAGGUUUUGUUGUCAGAGUCAGCAGAGGAUUCUAAAAUUGAUAGUGAGAAGGAACCCAAAGAUGAUGUAAUGAACAAGUCCGUUGAUGCUGUUACAAGUGGAACAGCAUCUGAGGAGGAUGCUUUUGAAAUGGAAGCAGAGGCUUCCCUGACGGAAUCUGCCAAGGAUUCAACGGAGGAAGUGACUUCAUCUGACAAUGACAUUAAAGAUAGCAAUCUGGAGAGCAUAAGUGAGGUUAAUGACAGUGAAAAUACAAAUAUCAAGAAGUUCCAGUUUAAUUGGGCUGAUGAGGUCGAAGAUUCCUGGGACAGUUUGUAUGAUGACAAUGGCGAGUGCCUAAACUCUGAAAUCAAACGUCAGCUGAGCGAUUCCCUUGGCAAAAUCAAGCUUGAAAAGCCAGCAAAUGAUUAUUAUUCCUUUCAGCCAAAGGAACCUGAAAUCAAUGAAGAGGAGUAUGGCCAUGUCAUUGAAAUCUACGACUUUCCAGUAUCCUUCAAGACUCAAGACCUCAUGAUGGUCUUUAGCAGUUUCCAUAACACAGGUUUUGACAUCAAGUGGGUGGAUGACACCCAUGCCCUUGGAAUCUUUGCCACAGCUUUGAUUGCUGCUGAAGCCUUGAGCAUUGAUCAUCCUUUCUUGAAGACUCGUUCCUUGGCACAAGCCACAAAGUCUUCCAAGGCCAAAGCAUUGCGAAUUACAGAAGCCCUCUUGCCUUACAAACCGAGACCAGCAACGUCUGCCUCCUUGGCCCGUCGCUUAGUUUCGGGAGCCCUUGGUCUGAAGGUGAACAUAUCGAGGGAAGUACGUGAGGCAGAGAAACAGAAAUUGAAGGAUGCUAAAGCUCAGAAGAGAUUAGCAGCCAAGCAGCGUGCAGAUGCGUGGGAAGGCACCCUGAGUUGAGCAUGUGAAAAGCUUAACGUCCCCUUCAGUGGCAAGAUUGAUGAAACAUACUGCCAACACCAUCUAGUUGCAAGAGGUGUUGGAGUCCUCUGAAUCAGGCGGGUGGACAUUCAUGCACUUCGGUUUUUCAGCAAGUUGACAGUUCCUGUUGGCUGAGAAGAGUCAUAAACUAUAUUCCCUUUUUUCAUCAGUGUUUUCAGGUACAAAACAGGGAUUUAGGCUCAAGAAAGUGAAUGACAGUGUCGGUUCUAAUGAUUGCUACAGAUCUUAGGAAGGCUUGAUAAGAAGUCUUACAUUUGUGCGCUAGUUUUAAUCAGAAGCAUUGGUUCUGUAUUUCAAUUCAAUUGGAAUUUUAUUCUAAUAUACAUCCAACUUACAAAGUUUGAUGAUUGCUGUUUCUCUGUUUUAUUCUGAAAUUUCUUUGACACACUGACCUCUCUCUCUGCCGACGUGUCUGUCAUGAAUCUUGUGAUACCCAAGCCUGGUUUUAUUCCCUGGCUUUCUAAUCUGGGAGGCUUUUAGGUUUCAUGUAUUUCAUAGUUGUUGGAUUGGAUGCAGUUUAGAUUCAUAGAAGGCGAGUAACUUGGUGUCGAAAAAUGUUGUGCAGCUUGCUAUGUUGGAAAAUAUAUGGAUGAUGUUAGAAUUCUAAUGAGUUAAUUAUCUCUUAAACAGCAUAAAUAAGAGAUAGUGAUUGCAACCUCUCCAGGGCGCAUAGAUGCCAUAAAUUUAGGAAAUGCUUUAUUUAUUUAUUUUUUUUUUAAAGAAUCCAAGCUGUGUUUGGCACUUAGCCGUGUGGAACUAAAUUUCAUAUAUAUUUUAGACAUUUCAAAUGACUAUUUAAGCUGAGUUAUUCAGUAGUUAUAUUUUUUAAAGUAACUAUAGAAAUAAAUAUCUGUAGAUAACUGAGAGGAGGCAGUGAAAUUUACAAUUGAAUAUAUAUUUUCAUCAAGAUUCUUUAUGCUUUAACUGUAUCGGUACCCCUUACCUGAAUUUAUGUACUGUACUGAUAAAAUAUUUGACUAAAGCUGAAUAUUGAGCGCAGCAGAAGUACUGAAAUGCCAUAGGUUGUUACAACACUGAAUAUAUAUUUUGUGCACUGUUGUCGCUGUAGUUAUGUGCAGAUUGCUGACUGGGUUUCUCUGCUUCAGAAUAAUCCCAAAGCCUUAGUUUCAUGGAUAGCAUCUGGUACCUGGAAUUAGAUACGUAUUUCACAAAUCCAAAAUUCUGUCCAGUCUUUAUGGUUAAUGCCAAGGUUGUAGUACCUAAUUACAGAAGGAUAGUACAUUUGCAACUGUUCAUUAGUAGACAAUUGUUGUAAAUGAUGCAACUCUUCAUUAGUAGACAAUUGUUGUAAAUGAGACAGACUGGGAAGUAGAUAUUUGAAUAUUUUACCUUGAAAAUUAAAUGUCACAAGUGUUGGUACAAAUAUCUUGCUGAAUUUGUUGCUUACAUUUUUAGUAUGAAGUCUUUUUCCACGUUGCUUGAUAACCCUGCGGUUAGCGUUUACUUCUGGGUGUCGUCAUAAAAUCUUCAUUCCUCUCAGUUGUCUUAGAUACUUUAGUUAAGACUUGUUUGAUCUUGCACCUAAAAAGAUGAUAUUCAAAGGCUAUUAAAAUAUUUUUUACAAAUUUCAUUUUGAAAACAAGAAGAGUAACAAUUUCCUUUUAAUUAAGCAUUCAAGAUGAAAUACUAGCAAUUAUAGUUGCCAUAACAAUCAGCUUCCUAACAUGAUGUAUCAUUCCUGAAACCUUUUGAUGCUGACGUCUUCUUUUGAUUAUCUUGGUUAACAAAAUUUCAUAAGUCCAUAAUUUAAUAAAAUCUAAACUUCAUAAGACAAAUCAUUUAUGCCAGAAACAUAAAUCAAAUAUAUUAGCUCACUGGUCUUAUUAAUCUACAUAUUGAUCAUGAGGAUAAGCUACUACAAUUUCACCUGGGAAAAUCCAUUCGUGUAUUCUUUCACUCACCCAAGCAUCUCUGAAAUCGUUAUUGUCGUCCUACCGAAAACAUCAAUUUUGGUCAGACAUUACACUUCGGCCUUGCAAAAGAAAUUCAAAAUCAAUAUGGUUUUCAUUUCAUAAUCUUUAAAUGUUUGUACCCUUGUUUGUACAUCACUGGCACUCAUUGCAAACAGAAAAUGAAAUGGAAAAACUUCAACGGAAAAACUUCAACAGUAUGAUUUUGUAAAAGGCAAUUGCAGAGCUCAGAUUUUUCAAUGAAAACAUCCUGUACAGCAGUGUAUGGAGCAUAAAAAUCCCUUUCUAAUGGUUUGAUUGGUUACAAGAAAACAUUUUGAUAGUUAAGCAAAAUGUAAAAAAGUUAAUUGAAAGUACUGUAUUCAUGAAUGAAGAAUGUUAAUAUUAUAAUGGUUUUCAAGUAAAUUUGGUGUAAAUACGGCAGUGCUACAGAAGAAUGCUAUAUCAUCCUAUACUCUAAUGCCUACCAAAUUUUAUUAAAUAUAAUAUAUCUGGGUGGAAUUUACUGGGUGAAAUCCGAGUGAAAAUUUCUGUUCAUUGAUUUAGCAGGGAAAACAAGGAAAACUUAAAUUUGAGUUUUGGUGAAAAUACUUUGCAAUAAAAUGAAUGAAUCACAAUAAUAAUUUUUUUUAAAGCAUCCAUUCCACACUGGCAGUGAAUAAAGGUUGUAUAUGGUUGAUAGUAACUAAGUACCUAGUGUGUUCCCUUAAAAAAUUGUCUAAUUAAGUCAUCAAAUUAAUAACUAAACAUCUUUAUAUCAUGCAAUAGUUUUCUGGCUGAUAACCCUACUAUGGUAAUUUAGUUCUUCUUAGAUUUCAGUAAAACUUCCAUGUUUCUCACAGACUUAUUUUAUUGUAUUAAAUUUCUGUAAACAAAGCUUUACCAUCAUCUAAAUUUUGGUGGGUGAAUGUAUGAAUAGCUUUACCAUCAUAGUAAACUGGUAAAGUUUUGGUGUUUUAUGUUACUUGAAACUGAAGUAUUGAAUGGAUUUAAUUAUUUUAUGUUCAGUAUCCAUUCUGCAUGAAUUGCUGCAGUUGGAUGGGUCACCUUAAAAGUUUGUUCACUUCUUAAAGUACCAUAACUUUAUGAAUUACAGGACAGGAGUAUUUAAGGUUAUGAUCGCACUUUAAAGUAUAGUUUUAUAUGUAAUGUAUAUAUACAGUAAUGGAAAAGAAAGUACAAUAUCUUUUUCUGUAUCUAGUUAGAUAUGAAGUCACUUUUGAAAUAUUCAUGACAGUGAAUCACAAACUUGAAUGUGUCGACAGCUUGCUACUUUUGAACUAUUACAAAAUGAAAAUGCUGUACUGAAAUGCACCUGCAAACUCAGGGCCCUGUUACUGUAGUGUGUCUUUCCUAGUUUUUUCAAUUUUUUCAAUUUUUUUUUUUUUUGCCUAAUUAAUAAUGUACUGUAUAUUGAAUUUACAAAUGUUUAACAGACCUGUUGGAUAAAAUUGUUUAUAAUGACAUAUAUAUACCUUAAGUGAUUUUUAUUCCCACUUGAAUUACGUUCUGAAGUUUGUAAAUAGUAAAAGUUGUACAUACAGAAGGUAUCUUAUUGUAAUAAUGGCAUUUACUGUAUUGUUUAAAAAAAAAAGUAAGUUUGCCUAUGUUGAUGAUGACCACACUGGUAUUUAUACCAUAUUUAUAAAGCAUGAUGAAAGUCAUGGCAAGUUUGAUUGUUUGUAGAACUUCCUAGUUGGAAAGUGUAAUAACCCAAACUUAAUAUGUAUCCCAUUGAUUGUGAUUUAUGUAACCGUAGACAAUUUUGUGCAUUUUGACAAUAGAGUUUUGAUGUGUUAUGAAGUGGAUGAUGUUCGUAAUCAUGCAACAGAAGAACUGAUUUUCUUCCAGUAGCUAUAGACACACACAAGACAUUGGAUUCCUUGAUAAGGGUGAGGUUUUUGGCAAUUUGUCUAUGAAAAAAAAAAAAAAAAAUGCCAGUGGUACUGAUAGUAACUGACUCUUGAUAUACUUCAGCAGAAAUUUCAGAUAAAUUGAAGGGUUUCUGAACAGUGGAUGAAUUGAGUGUUAAUAGUCAUUUAAUGAACUGGGGCAUUAUAAAAUUCUAGUUCUUCACAAACUGAUGACUGGCGAGAUUUAGAAUUACAAGAUGUGUCUUUCUUUCUUUUUCAUUUAAAGUUAGACUUGGUGGCUGUGGAUUAAGUUAACAGAAUAAUUUAAUAAUAAUGAUUUAAUUUAAAGUAUGUUACUGCGUGGGUUUUGCUGUGUAUAUGGUACUUUUUAAGCUGAUGUUUUAUACAGUUAUUCAAAUGGCUAACGUGACAUUUGUUUGAACUUUACUAUGUGCAUAAAAUUAUUGCAAUUACAGUGCAAUAUGACAGAUCGAAAUGAACUAUAAAGUGCUUAUAUUUUAAUCUACGACACAAGUCAUGCCUAUAAGACUGGAUGCAGUUAUGUGAAGUUUCUUGGUGAAACUCAUUAGCCCACAAGAUAUUUUUUAUCAUGAAAUGUAUGGCAGUUAUGUCAUGAAGGUUCUGUGGCCUGUGUCUUAGUAUAAAAGUGAAAACUCCCUAACUUAUGAAUUCUGAUAGGGUUUGUUCAGAAGUUAAAAAAUUGAUGAGUAUUACUAGAUGGGUAUUUCUACAAUGAUGAGUUGUUUCACUCCCAAACAAUAGGGGGUUGAUAAAAAAAAAAAAAAAAAAAGGGAAAGGACUUUCAAAUGUAUAUGAUUAUGUACAGUAUAGUAAAAAGAUAGUGGUUGGAUAUGUUCAUUUGUAGACAAUUUUCGUAUCCAUUGUGAAGAAUGGCCUCUUCGUCCAACCCUUAAGGACCAUUUUAUAUACCCAUGUGGUUAGUCAAUAAUUAUGUGAAGAUGUAAAUUUUUAAGCAUAUAUUUUUGUACAUCUUUCACAUACUGUACUUCCCCAGGCAAAUCUUGUCAAUAAAUAUGUGAUUUUAUUGUUCAAA